CACCGCGACUCCACCCAGUCGGUGAGCACCGCACCACUGCCGCCGCGCGCGCCCAUAAAUACGCGCCCACCCCACCCCCGGCUCACCUCACAAGCACACCCAUUCCCUAGCUCCUUCUUCCCCGUCUCCGUUUGCUCGCCUGCCGGUGAGAGCAAGCAAGAAGCCGGCGAACUCGCCGUACGUGGUGCGGUUUUGCCCUGUAAAUGUCUGGAGGCCUGCCCGGUUUCGUCGUCGAGGUGUCGUCCGGGCUAGAGGUGGCGCUCGUCCCCGUCUUAGGCGCCGUGGUCGUUUCCUUUGUGAAGCGCUCGUCGUCCCCGUCGCCGGAGAAGAAGCUGCGUUCCUGUACCGGAGGCUUCAUCAACGAAGGUUGAACUAAUCUGGCCGCCUUUUCAAGCCUCACACAAAGAAGUAUCGGCGAAACUUCCUGCAGGACCGGACAAAACAAACAAGCCGGAAGGUGAAGAAGGUUCAGAGAAUUCACCGGACGAUCAAGGCAAUGGCUCCAAGGACCGUGGAUCCCAAGUGCGUAUCGCCCAUCACUGAAGAUGGGUCGACGGACAGGCGAGGAAACUCAGCAGUCAAAGCAAACACUGGGAAAUGGAGAUCUUCCAUCCUGCUGCUAGUUAACUAUGCGCUUGUAACGUGUGCCUUCUUCGGCGUCGGGGUGAACCUGGUGGUGUUCCUCCGGCGGGUGCUCCACCAGGACAACGCCGAGGCGGCCAACAGCAUCAGCAAAUGGACCGGCACCGUCUACAUCUUCUCCCUCAUCGGCGCCUUCAUGAGCGACUCCUACUGGGGCCGCUACAUCACCUGCGCCAUCUUCCAGAUGAUCUAUGUCACGGGACUUGUGAUACUGUCACUGGCGUCGUGGUUCCUGCUGGUGAAGCCCACUGGGUGCGGCGACGUGGAGACGCACUGCGACCCGCCGUCGACGGCGGGGGUCGCGCUCUUCUACCUGUCGACGUACAUGAUCGCGUUCGGCAACGGCGGGUACCAGCCGUCCAUCGCCACGCUGGGCUCGGACCAGUUCGACGAGACGGACCCCGACGAGGCGCGCUCCAAGGUGGCCUUCUUCAGCUACUUCUACCUGGCGCUCAACGUGGGCUCCAUCUUCUCCAACACGGUGCUGGUGUACUACGAGGACGCCGGGCAGUGGGUCAUGGGCUUCUGGGUCUCGGCGGGCGCGGCGGCGCUGGCGCUCGUGCUCUUCCUCCUCGGCACCCCCAACUACCGCUACUUCAAGCCCACCGGCAACCCGCUCACCCGCAUCGCGCAGGUGCUCGUCGCCGCGUGCCGCAAGUGGCGCGACCACGCGUCCACCCGCGGCGAGCUGCUCCACGAGCUGGACGGCGACGAGUCUUACAAGGAAUCCGGCAUCCGGAAGAUCAUGCACAGUGACCAGCUCAGGUACCUUGACAAGGCCGCGACGGUCACCGAGGAGGACUACUGCGAGCCGGAGAGGAUAAAGGACCCGUGGAGGCUCUGCACCGUGACGCAGGUGGAGGAGGUGAAGUGCAUCCUCAAGAUGCUGCCCAUCUGGAUGUGCACCAUCGUCUACUCGGUGGUUUUCACGCAGAUGGCGUCGCUGUUCGUGGAGCAAGGGACCACCAUGAACACUAACAUCGGGUCGUUCCACGUGCCGGCCGCGAGCAUGUCGGUGUUCGACAUCCUCAGCGUGCUGGCGUUCAUCGCCAUCUACCGGCGCGUGCUGGUGCCGGUCAUGGCGAGGCUGUCCGGGAACCCGCAGGGGCUGACCGAGCUGCAGCGCAUGGGCGUCGGGCUCGUGAUCGGCAUGGGGGCGAUGGUGGUGGCAGGCGUCGUGGAGGUGGAGCGGCUGAAGCGGGUGGCCGCGCCGGACCAGCCGAGCUCCCUGAGUGUCCUGUGGCAGGUGCCGCAGUACGCGCUGAUCGGGGCUUCGGAGGUGUUCAUGUACGUUGGGCAGCUGGAGUUCUUCAACGGGCAGGCGCCCGACGGCGUCAAGAGCUUCGGCAGCUCGUUGUGCAUGGCGUCCAUCUCGCUCGGGAACUACGUGAGCAUCAUGCUGGUCAGCGUGGUGACCAGCCUCACCGCCGGCGACAAGAGGCCUGGGUGGAUCCCGGGUAACCUCAACUCCGGCCACCUCGACAGGUUCUACUUCCUCCUCGCAGCGCUCUCGCUCGUCGACCUCGCCGUGUACGUGGCCUGCGCGAUGUGGUACAAGGGCAUCAAGCUCGACAGCAACGAGGAGAAGGGAAAGGUGCCGGUGCAUGUUUAGGGCCUUUUUCGUACCUUUGAGGUAUCUAUAAGUGGGCUUGCUAUUGGUUCGGCCGACGUACUGGGCUGCCGAUGCGCUUUCCCGUAGUAAAAAUAAUAAGUAUGUCAUCCUGUGUUUGCUGCAUAGGCCCAUGUUGCUUUCUGUCCUAGUUUCAACUCCAAGACCGAGAGUUCUUAUGCUUGAAGAAAUGUAUCCAAGAGUCAUGGUCCAUGUCAAGCAAAUUUCCUGA